AAGAAUGCAUAUAGUUACUUCUCUUAAGGUUGGCAGUCAGUAACACUUGAAUUUCCUAGAAGAGAGAUAAAAAGGUGCUUCACCACUUCAUGUGACUCCCUCUCUAAUCAGCAUUUUCUGUGAAUUAGAAGAAGACUUGUGAUAUUGUCAUCUUCCAAAUGGAUCACUUUGCCCCUAACACAAAAAGAUUUGCACAGGUGAAGGAAUGGAUCUUCAGACUGACUGGCUUCCUUUGCAGCCUCUUGUCGUUGGGGUUUGGAAUAAUCCUCCAAAGCAGCCGAUACUGGCGCCUCUGGGAAUUCGAUGACGAAGUUGUUCAGCUUGUGUACAUUGGACUAUGGGAAGCUUAUUACCAUCGGGAGUUUCACAUCUCUGGUUCUGUGACCAGGAUUCUGGUGCACAGCCCUGUCAACUCGACCUGGACCAUUUCACCUGAAUUUAGAUGUGCACAGAUCCUGAUCUUACUGGCUAUGUUUAUAAAACCCGUGGUGGUGAUUUUUAGCUCAGCGGCUAUUAGGGUUAGCAUUAUCAGAGCCUCAGUCCCUGAGAUUCAGAUACUCUGCUACAAGUGUUGUGUCUUAAUUCUGCUUCUCAGCAGCCUUUGCACAGCUCUUUCUGUGACCUGGAACCAUGUAGUAGAUCUUUAUGGUGAAACCACUCUUGAUUUUCCACCCACCUUUCCUGUUAGGAAAGAAGACCUGAUCGAAAAACACGACACUCAUGUGUUCCCCAUAGUCCUGACAGCCACCCUGUCACUCUUUGCUAUGAUUAUGUUCCUCUUUGAGAUCAGGUCAUUGAAAUUACAGAGUAACCUGAAUGCCCAGGGUGCUUCCAAGCAGGCCAAUCCAAAUGCCUGAAGUAUGAGCUCUGGUGUUUGCAAAAUGCGCCAGAAGACUCCUUGGUCAAAUUUACUAACAUUGCACAAUAUUCUUGUAGUAUUCUACUCACUAAAAAUAAAAUAUUCCUUUGAUUAUUA